GCCGACGCAAGGCGAACAGAGCGAACGAGUUCGAAUCGUGUUUCUUGUCUGUGUAUUUGUCGUUGUUGUUGUUGGCACAGGCAGUGCUCGUGCCUUGGCGCUCAGCCCACGCGCGUAUGUGUGUCGUAUAAAUUUUGUUAGCAUUUUUUUUUUUGGUUUCGCUGUUGGUGUAGCAACAUUUUGCGGCCAGCAGCCGCAGCAGCCUCCGCAACAUGCAGUGGUGAAAUUGGCCGAGACCGAAAAACGAAACGAAACGAAGCAAAGCAGAGCAGAGCGAAGCUGAAGCUGAAGCAGCAGCACCAGCAGAAGCGAAGCGCAUAGAAACUCAACACAAGCAGCAAAUCAUUUGGCUUGUUGUCGUCUGUUGUCGCCUCGCCUGCAGGAUACGCGACGAGGACGUGGACAAAACAGAACAACGCUGGCCGUUGACCGAGUUGCAUCGCAAUCGCAGCGGUCUCUACCCUCAGCAGAAACACUAAAAAACAGUUAUAGAACAAGUGCCAGAGUGUGCGUGAAAGAGAGAGAGAUAGUAAGAUAGAGAGAGAGAGUGAGUGAGAAUCAACAGCAGACAGUGGAAACAGAAACCGAAAUUGAAAUCGGAAAUCGGAGCGGCAGCUGUUGCAUGCGGCCGCCGUGCCAGACUCAGUGACGCCGCCGCUCAGCGUCCGCGUGCCGCGUGUGCUGCGUGUCUUUGCGUGUUUUUGUUGCUUUUUUGUUUUGUGCUCACGCCGUUCGCCCGUUGAUCCUCGCGAGUGACAGAGACACAUACACUUCAAGGAAAAGUGCCAUCGAGUGUGACACAGCAAGAGCAGAGUGAGAGCGAGAGAAAGAGUUUGAAUUUGCAUUUGGCUUGGCGAAGGACCCAGAGAUGAGGCUGCGCAUGAAGCUGCAGCUGUUGCUGCAACUGGCCGCGCUGGUCACCUGCUUGGCCCAUGCCGCUGGCGGCGUCAGCAUCAACGCCAAUGAUCCAUGCUAUUUUGAGGGCAAGCCACGCAAGUGUCUGCCGAGCUUUGUGAACGCCGCCUACGGCAAUCCGGUGCAGGCAUCCAGCGUCUGUGGCGCCCAGCAGCCGGAGCGCUUCUGCGAGCUGCAGCGCGAUGGCAGCGCGGGCGAGUGUCGGGUGUGCGACAAGUCGGAGCAUCGCUAUGGCGCCGCCGCCCUCACAGACCUCAACAAUCCGAGCAAUGUCACCUGCUGGCGUUCGGGCAGCGUUAAUGUGCCGCACGAUCCGGACACAGCGCCGCCGGACAACGUCACCCUGACCCUGUCGCUGGGCAAGAAGUACGAGCUAACCUACAUAUCGCUUUCCUUCUGCCCCAAAUCGCCGCGGCCCGAUUCGUUGGCCAUCUACAAGAGCUCCGACUUCGGCCAGACCUGGCAGCCGUUCCAAUUCUACAGUUCGCAGUGCCAGAAGUUUUACGGGCGUGCGGAUCGUGCCAAGAUCAGCAAAUUCAAUGAGCAGGAGGCGCGCUGCAUGAACUCGCAGCACGAUGCCGCAAGUGGUGGCGCCGCCCAGCGUUUCGCUUUCAACACACUGGAGGGUCGUCCCUCGGCUAAUGAUCUGGAUGCGUCGCUGGUGUUGCAAGAUUGGGUAACGGCAACCGAUAUACGUGUCGUCUUCCAUCGCCUGGAGCUGCCGCCCCAGCUGCUGCUCAGUCGCGAACGGGCCAAGGGCAAUGCGAACAGCUUUAGCGACGAGAUGACCGCCAGCCAGGAGGAGGAACUGGAUGAACAUGAGCUGGAUGAGCAGGACGAGUACGAUUACAAUCUGCAUGACAACGACAGCGCCGGCUACGAUCAGGAGGAGUACGAAGAGCCCAAGAAGCACCUCGAGCUCGACGACGAACUGCAUCUGGACUAUGCCAACGAUGGCGAAAGCAAGCGCCAGUCCAAGCACAAGAGCAGCGUCUACGAGAAGCACUUCCAGGGCAAACUGACUGUCAGCACUCCCAUACCAUUGCCGCCGGCAUCGCCCAAAUCCACGUCCUCAACCAAAUCGCCAACAUCCGCUCAGUUGGGCACAUCGGAUGCUGUCGCAGCCGCCGGAGCUGCUGGUGCCGCUGCCGCUGCCAUGCAGCAGCUGCUCUCCGUGUCGCAGCAUUACGCUGUCUCCGAUUUCGCUGUGGGCGGUCGCUGCAAGUGCAAUGGCCACGCCUCCGAGUGCAUUGCCACCAGCACUGGUGGCAGCGCACUGCAUGCCGACGCCGACGAUGGCCAGGACGAUGACAAUAUGCCCGCCUCGCUGCACAGCCACUUCGGACGCACUCCGUCCGCCCUACAGCUGAGCGCCAAGCUGGCCAUGACCUGCGCCUGCAAGCACAACACAGCGGGACCCGAGUGCGAGCGCUGCAAGCCCUUCUACUUCGACCGGCCCUGGGGACGUGCCACCGACAACGAUGCCAACGAAUGCAAAAUGUGCCAGUGCAAUGGACACGCACGUCGCUGCCGCUUCAAUCUGGAGCUGUACAAGCUGUCGGGCCGGGUGUCAGGCGGCGUUUGCUAUAAUUGUCAGCAUGAUACGACCGGAAGGUAUUGCCACUAUUGUCGCGAGGGCUACUAUCGGGAUGCCACCAAGCCACCCAACCAUCGCAAAGUGUGCAAACGCUGUGACUGUCAUCCCGUGGGCUCCACUGGCAAGACGUGCAAUCAUCUGAGUGGACAGUGUCCCUGCAAGGAGGGCGUCACCGGCCUCACUUGCAAUCGCUGUGCACGCGGCUAUCAGCAGACGCGCUCUCAUGUGGCGCCUUGCAUAACAGAGGUGCCCACAAAUGCGAAUAUGAUUCAAGCGGAAAGCGCUGGCGGCGGCACUGGAACAGGCGACUACAAAGAUGGCGGAGGCUCUCAGGCUGAGGAAAUGAAAAAGUAUUGCGGCAAGUGCAAGGCCAGUCCUAAGAAGCUCAAUCUGAACAAGUUUUGCAUGGAGGACUAUGCUCUGUUGGCCAAGGUAAUUGGACAUGAUCGCGCCUCGCAGGACAUUAGCACCGAAAAGUUCUCAAUCGAGCGACAGAACGAGAUUUACAAGUACGAGAUAAAUAUCCAGACGAUUUUCAAGCGUAACCCCAUGUCGGGCACAACCAGUUCGCUGUUGGGACGUGGCAAUAUGAUGCUGCUGGUGCCGCGCAAGAGUAUCGAGUGUCAGUGCCCCAAGAUCAAGUUGAACAAAUCGUAUCUAAUACUUGGACGCGACUCGGAGGCAGCGCCGGGCUAUCUGGCAAUUGGACCCAGCUCCGUGGUAUUGGAGUGGAAGGACGAGUGGUCGUUGCGCAUGAAACGCUUCCAGCGGCGCGCCCGCAAAUGCAGUUGAAUCGAACCGGAAACGGAAUAUGUCAGAGCGGAUUUCAAUUUCAUACACUUGGCUAGGUAUCGGUUUUUGUAUAAAUUGUACAGUUUACUCAAGUUUCUGACCUUUUUCGGUAUCAUGUUUUAAUUAAUCCCCACCCUUCACAUACGCACACCCACACACAUCCACACAAUAUACACUAUCCACACAAUACUUAUUAUAGACAAAAAGCGGAGUCUUCCCAUACUGAAUAUAUCUAUCUGAACAACAAAAAAGGAAAAAAACUACAAAAAAAAAACAUCUGAAAUCCUCUAGUUAAGCUACUCAGCGGCAUUCUAGUCUACAGGCACUCGAACACUGCAAAACACUAGGCAAAAGCAAACAACAAACAAGCCAAAUGCUAAUUACAAUCUGAAGGGCGUGUGCGUGAGUAUGAGUGUGUGUGUCUGUCAAGCACAUUUAUGAGGGCCAUAAAAUAACAGUUAUAAAUUUGUAAUAAGUGCGAAAAGCGUAGCAUAUCGCGUGCCUGUGUGUCAUGAAUAAGGAGUGGGGGGUCAUUCAAACCAAUGGCUGGGCAGGCGAAGAGGCGCAGAAAUAAUGGUGAGAGAACGAAAUAACGGACAAGGAGGCGGGGUAGGCAAACAGACAGAGUCAGCUGAAAUCUACGAAUGGCACAGACUUUCACAUUGAAUGGCAUAUGCUAGGGGUAUUCACGAGAAUUACGCAAACGGAUUAUUGUGUCUCUCCUGCCGCGUAUCUCACUGCCUGUUAUUUUUGCUGCUAUUUAUUUUACUCAUAUGCUGACUAUCCCUAGUGCCAGCUGCAGGGCUUCUUUUCUUUUUUUGAUUCUGCUCUGCAUAUCGCAUUCAUCACAGUUUUUUCGUUUACCUCGAUUUAUAUUUUC